GUGAUUUAUGCAACAGCAUCUCCUGGUACCUCAGUCUACCUCAGUCAGCACCAUGGACAGCGACCCCGCCAGCUCUGCGGCCGCCUCCUGCGCACCCAGCGGACCCCGAGGGGCAGGGCACGCUCCUUCAGUAACGACGACCAGCUAAUAUCUCCCAUCAUGUUACUGCGGCACUGACAGCUGAACCGUAGACAGCAGGAGGUGGGAGUUCCUGUAGAAACACCCUCGCGUAUCGAUUUUCGUUUCUUAAGGAAGGUACAGAUGCUCUUAUUUUGUCUUUCACCGAUCAGCCGGUCCCCGUCGGCUCAGCUCUAAAUGCCUCUAAAUGACAGCAGAUGUGACGAGUCUCAUUUGAGGGUCGCUGUGGAGUAAAGGCGGUGAAAUCUCUCGCUCUUCCUCCUCCUCCACGCCCUGUCAUCACUACCAGUAGCUGCCCAGCACCAUGUCUCCUCCAGCAUCGGCUGCGACAGCGAGUGAAAGCAGCACCACCACCGUUUUCGAGGAGGACACCAGAGAGGAGCAAAGACCGCUGAAGCAAUCUCUAAGCAAGUCCUUAUGUCGGGAGAGUUUCUGGAAAUGCUUCCUCCUUUCCGUUCUCAUGUAUGGCUGCAUGGGAACCAUGGUUUGGUGUCACAUCACCAAGGUGACCCGCCUCACCUUCGACAGCGACUUCAAAGGGAAAUCCAUGAUGUACCAUGACAGCCCCUGUUCUGAUGGCUACAUCUACAUUCCCUUGGCCCUACUGGGCAUGCUCUAUUUAGUUUACCUAGUCGAGUGCUGGCACUGUCACGUGAAGAAUGAGCUGCAGCACAAAGUGGACGUGGAGGGCAUCUCCGAGCGCAUCCAGAGGAUGCAGCAGGCUAAGCCCUGCAUCUGGUGGAAGGCCAUCAGCUAUCACUAUGUGCGCCGAACUCGACAAGUCACGCGCUACCGCAAUGGAGACGCCUACACGAGCACUCAGGUUUACCAUGAGCGUGUCAACACCCACGUGGCAGAAGCAGAAUUUGACUACAGCCACUGUGGUGUCAAAGAUGUUUCCAAACAGCUGCUUGGCUUGGAGAAGUCUGCGUUGACAAAGAUGCGCUUCACUAAGUGCUUCAGUUUUGCCAACGUGGAGUCCGAGAAUUCUUAUCUCACACAAAGGGCGAGGUUUUUCACCGACAACGAGGGCCUGGAUGACUACAUGGAAGCCAGAGAGGGCAUGCACCUGAAGAACAUUGAACUGAAGGAGUAUGUCUUGGUGCUCUGUGACCCGGAGCACCACCCUUGGUAUCUGUCCCACUACGUCUUUUGGUUUGCCUCCUUCCUCACGUUUUCUUGGCCUCUCAGAGUCUUCACAGAGUAUCGCACUGCAUACGUCCACUAUCGUGUUGAAAAGCUCUUCGGUCACGAUUACCUCCCUGUUACCCCUUGUGACGAUCGGCCUUAUUGGCGCCGUAUCCCUCGAGUUAACACCAUUGACAGCACAGAAUUGGAGUGGCACAUUCGCUCCAACCAGCAGCUGGUUCCCAGUUACUCAGAGGCUGGCCUCAUGGACCUGGCCCAGUGCCCCUCCAGCUUCAGUGGGCUUCGUCAGAACUGCGAGCGCUGCCACAGAGCCAUUAGCUGCUCCUCAGUGUUCUCCAGAAGCGCCCUCAGCAUCUGCACCGGUGCCAGCUCCCGCAUCCCCUUCAGCAGCAGCCGCUUCUCCUUGGCCCGGCGCUAUGGCUCCCAGCGCAGCUGCUUCUGGAGGAGCGGCAGCCUAGACGACCAGGUGAGCCCCAGUGAAAAUACCCGCUGCCUAUCGGAACGCCUCACCACAGAUGACGAGGAGCCCCCGGACUACGAGGAUGCACUUUGUUACCCGGUGCUCAUUGUCCACUGCAGUGAGAACUGCCACAACCACAGAUCUUUCCACAGAAAUGGCUCCUGCGUGGAGACCUCUUUAUGAUAUGCAGUCACAGCGGCAUUUCUGUAGCAUUUCAAAAACAGGGCGUAGUGGAUGCUGUAAGAAACAAUUGCCUGAAUCCUGAAUGUGUGAAUCACCAAAGCAAUAACAGCGGUCAGUGAGUGGAGAACAAAGUGGCAUCUCAUGAUAAGCUCACACACACAAACAAAUCAUAUCUGCUUGGCUUCCAGGAAAAACCAAGAAGACGCAGACUGUUACAAAGCACACCAUCGCUACAGCUUUUACAGUGCAUGUGAAACUAAGGCUGCAGAUACCUCAUAGGAACUUUCUCAGAGGUCACACAUGGACAGGUUUAAACAUCUCACGUUCAUUUAGUGAGUCAUUAUGGAGCAGCUUCUACAAAUUUAACUUCUAACUACAGCAAUAACUGUGAAAAUAAAUCUCAAAUGGAGGAUUGCCAGUUUGUGCUGGUGCACAUCCCAAAGUGGAAACCUCUGACUUCAAGUGACAAUUUAAAUCUUGGACAUUCUCACUUACUGUUAAACCAUAUCUGUAAAUUCUUUUUAAAUCAUCUGUUUUUUCCUACAUUAUCCAGAAUGCCUUUUAUUAACUCCAGACAACAGGUAUAAGCUUAAUUUCAGCAGACAGUGACCUAAGGAUGUUAGAAAGCGUGAGGCAUUUGUUCAGACUGAGAGAAGUUCAGACUCAUGCCCUACUAACAGCCGGUCCUGUGGUUUCGUUGCAUCCUGGUGCAUCUCUGCUUCUUUUUCUUCUUCUUUAGUGGAUUUCUUUGUAAUUGACUGUUGGGCGUUGGUGCUAUGUGGCAGCUCCAGACUGUUGUGGAUGUUGAGUGACUGACACAUUAACAUGAUGUUUACAGUUGGUGCUUUCCUUCUAACCUCGGAUGUAAAUGUUGGAAUUAACAGUUUGGCCAUCUUGAAGAAAAUAAGAGAGAAAACAGAAUCAGGUGGACUUUUUUUUUUUCCUUUAGUGGCUUUAACAUGCGAUUAAUUUGUCUUGACUGACCCAGAAAAUGAAAAAAUGCGGGCGCACUAACACUGUCUAGUCCUAUGAGCCUUUACCUUGACAGACUAAAACGCAUCAUGAAAACUCAAUCAAGCAUUACGCAUAAAAUUUGACUUUUCUGCUGCCUACUGCCAUGAUGAAACCUGCCGGCAACUGUGGUACAAAUACACAUCAUUACAUCCAUCAUUGGGACAUAAAAGAUAGAGACUGGUUUAUCACAGUACAUGUGAGCAGGUGAGUGUGGAUUUAGCUGCAAAAAAAGAUCAUAAGAUCAUCAAAUCCAUGCCUGUUUUCGCAUGAUUUCCUCCUGCUGACACACUGUGGUAAAACCAUAUCCAUGAAUGUAAACCACCAGCAUAUACGAUAUACUCUGUACCAUUAUGUGUUGAUAGUAAAGGAAUAAUUCUCCAUUUUUCAUCUGUAAAAUGGUGAUCUCGCUGUCCAGCAUGUACUGAUAUGCCACCAUGUUACUGAAAGACUUUGGAUGUUGUCAUGUGGAGGAUAUGUGACUCUUCUGAGUUUACAGUUAGUAUAUGCAAGGAUGUAAAUGUGCUUAUGUUUACACAUUAUACAAACUUUAUAAUACAUGCUUUUUUUUUAAUAUAAAAAAUGUUGUAUUCAAUGUGCCACAAUACAGCUUGUUUCCUAUGGAGGACCAAAACAGCCAAAAAUUUAAAAUAAAUUACUUUUUAAAUAAAUUCAUAUGCCAUUAAAUGCCUCUCAAAUAGCACAAGUUACUUUAAGCAUUAGUUGUGUUUUUUGUUUUUUUACCCAAACGACUGUAUUGUUGUAUUCUCUUUUCAAAUUUCUUUCCACAUUUCUGCUUUCUUUUGCAAAUAAGUUGGCUAUGAAUUAAAAUCAGUCAUAAGGUGAACCUUUUACCUUUGUAAAUAAAUGUUUAAAUAAGUCUUAGUCACUAAAGAUUUAAAAUAGGUCAGCUAAGCCCUCUUAUAUGUACAAUGAAGCAGAAAUGCAUAAAAAAAUGUAAAAACACAAAAUGAAUGUAUUUGGGGGGAAAUAAACAUAUUAAUGCAUAAAUUAUUUUAAUAAAGAAAAUGUA